AUGUCUACUACUCCAAACCCUAAAGCAUUCCCACUAGCUGACUCUGGCCUCACUCAACAAAUUCUUGAUGUGGUACAACAAGCUCAAAAUCUCAGGCAGCUGAAGAAGGGAGCCAAUGAGACAACCAAAACCUUAAACAGGGGCAUAUCGGAAUUCAUCAUCAUGGCUGCAGAUACCGAGCCUAUUGAAAUUUUGCUGCAUUUACCACUUCUUUGCGAGGAUAAGAAUGUUCCAUACGUUUUUGUUCCCUCCAAAACCGCCCUUGGUAGAGCUUGCGGUGUUUCGAGACCAGUCAUUGCUGCUUCGAUAACAACUAACGAUGCUUCCGCUAUCAAGAACCAAAUCUAUGCCAUCAAGGAUAAGAUUGAAACCCUGUUAAUUUGA